AUCUUUAAGAUGUGGAACAAGGAGCUGUACGUCAGAGAACAGCAGGAUGCUUAUGAGUUCUUCACCAGCCUGGUGGACCAGCUUGAUGAACACCUGAAGAAAAUGGGUCGAGAACAAAUCUUCAAAAACACAUUUCAGGGAAUUUUCUCAGACCAGAAGAUUUGCAAAGACUGCCCACACAGGUACGAGCGUGAAGAAACCUUCAUGGCGCUGAACCUUGGAGUGACUUCCUGUCAGAGCUUAGAGAUCUCAUUAGACCAGUUUGUCAGAGGAGAGGUGCUGGAAGGCAGCAACGCUUACUACUGUGAGAAGUGCAAGGAGAAGAGAACCACAGUGAAGAGGACCUGCAUCAAGUCCCUGCCCAGUGUGCUGUGUAUCCACCUCAUGCGUUUUGGCUUCGACUGGGAGAGUGGACGGUCCAUCAAAUAUGACGAGCAGAUCAGAUUCCCCUGGGUGCUGAACAUGGAGCCCUACACCGUGUCUGGGAUGGCCCGUCAGGACUGCAGCGGAGAGAUGGGCGAGGGCCGAGCAGACGGCUCCUCCGGAGGCUCGCCCAGGAAGAAGGUCACCAUUUCAGAGAACUACGAGCUGGUGGGUGUGGUGGUGCACAGCGGUCAGGCACACGCUGGACACUACUACUCCUUCAUCAAAGACAGACGCCAAUCCGUACCCUGAUGUGAGGAGGAGGUACUGGAACGCCUACAUGUUGUUUUAUCAGAAGAUCAGUGACCAGAACUCUCCUGCUCUGCCAAAGAAAAGCCGAGUCAGCAUCAUGAGGCAGGAAGCUGAGGACCUGAGCCUGUCUGCCCCCUCCUCUCCUGAUGUCUCCCCUCAGUCCUCCCCUCGACCACCAAGAGCCAACAAUGACCGGCUGACCCUUCUCACCCGCCUGGUGCGCAAGGGUGAGAAGAAGGGUCUGUUUGUGGAGAAAAUGCCUGCUCGUAUUUACCAGAUGGUGAGAGAUGAGAAUCUGAGGUUCAUGAGGAACAGAGACGUCUACAGCAGUGACUACUUCAACUUCAUCCUGUCCCUGGCUUCAGUCAAUGCAACUAAACUGAAGCAUCCAGACUACCAGCCCAUGGCCAAAGAAAGCCUCCAGCUGGCUGUUCACUUUCUCUUCCACACCUUUCUGCACACCAAAAAGAAACUCAGGGUGGACACAGAGGAGUGGAUGGCAGCGGUGGAGGUGUUGCUGUCUAAGAGCAGUGAGGCGUGUCAGUGGAUGGUGCAGUACCUGGUGGGACCAGAGGGACGGGAAAUCAUCAGGGUCAGUCUGUUGGAGUGCAGUGUGCGAGAGGUGAGGACAGUAGUGGCCUCCAUCCUGGAGAAGACUCUGGAGAGUGCUCUGCACUUUGGAGACCCGGGCCUGGACGGUCUGACUGAUGCUCUGCUGUCCUUAUUGGACAAAGACGUUGCUGAAAAUGUGAAGAACUGUGCGCAGUACUUCAGCCUCUUCAGUAACUUGGCUCAGAGGGGUUGUGGUUCUUGUCAGCUGUUGUUGAAACACUCAGCCUACCAUCGGAUGCUCAUCUUCCUCUUAGGACCCAACAGACAAAACAACCAGAAUCGAAGGUGGAGUCCAGCCCAGGCUCGAGAGUUUCUCCACCUCCACAGCACUCUGGCCCUCAUCACUCUGCACUCUGACCUCAGCUCCCAGAGGACACUGGUCACCUGGUCCAGCUCACCUGGUCCAGCUCACCUGGUCCAGCUCACCUGGUCCAGAUCACCUGGCCCAGCUCACGGGUCGGUGCAGGGGGGCCAUCAGUACCCACUGAGGAGAUGCUCAGGAGCAGGUUUUAUUUUCAGGUGCCAAGGUUCUACACACUGUCACAAAGACUGGAACACACACACACAGACACACACACAUGUAACACACACACAGACACACACACAUGUAACACACACAUGUAACA